CACUAACACCGAAAACCUUCUUUUUCAUUCUUUUUUCCUUCCAACUCACAUGGCAACAAGUCUCCCAACAUGGACAAGUUGAUAUGGCGCAAAGCCGCGAUAGCUACGGCACCCCUCUGGCCUGUAGCCCCGCGGCUAAUAUUUCUCAAUCAGCCUCUCUUCGUCCGACAUGCUAGCACGGUUCCGUCAAUAAUGCAGACAUCGUUCUGGAAGAACUUGGUACCGAAACCUUUUAGACGCUCAGAACGAUCCGUGGGCCGGCGUGGUACGCUCAAGGGGUUUAUGUCAAAGGAGUGGAAUCCAGCAACAUUCUACAUCAUCAUAUUCCUCUUCAUUGGAUCCAUGGCUAUACAGAUGAUUGUGUUGAAGAAGGAUUUUGAAACAUUUAUGAGGCGGUCCGAAGUUCGCAUCGGGACACUGCGCGAGGUGGUGGAGAAGCUGCAGAGAGGUGAAGAAGUUGAUGUCGAGAAAGCGUUAGGCACUGGGGAUGCUGAAAAGGAGAAAGAAUGGGAGGAAGUAUUAAGAGAAAUUGAGCGGGAUGAUAUCCUCAAGAAUACGAAGAAAUCUGAAAAGACAAAACAACCUACAACAGAUUUGAUAAAGACAGAAUCUAGUAGUAGUCCUGGUGUUACGGAAAUUAGGGAACAUCCAAAGACAAAGGCUGGAGGCUAUUCGAAUUUUUUCUAGCCUCCGAAUUAUGGCAGGUUAUAUGCCUAUAUACAACAAGACUUACUAGAUAUGCUAUUACGACAUCAUAUCUUUGAAAACUGCGGCAC